CCAGAUAGCAUUUUUUAUCGCCUGGUGGAUCGCCACAUGGCUCUUCGCCUGGUGGAUCCCUGUGUUUCCUCGCCGUCCAUCCCGCGGACUCCACGUCGGGUGCUUUGGCCACACGCGUCGGCCAGCGCUGCGCUGGUCAUGAGCUACGGUCAAUCUCGGCGCCUUGGGGCGAGGCCCAUGGGGGCCAUGGCGCCGGCCUGGGAAGCUUCGAUCCGUUUGGUGGACGAAGUGAACAAGCUUCGAUACAGCUACCCGCAGGAGGAGCUCUUGAAGUUGCUGAACUCUUUGACCGCGCCGCGCAAGGUGUAUAGAUCCUACAUUCCACCUGCAGGAAGCGAGCGGUUGUUCCUCUACGAUUCCAAUGGCGUGCCCAACCCGGGUGCCCCAGUGGUGCCCUGCGUCAACUGGCAUACAGCAAACUUGAAACAAAAACAGGACAUCUUGGAGGAAGCUUUGUCUCAGCUGAAGAAGAAUGGCUUUGUGGUCUUAGAAAGUUUGCUCUCACCUGAAAGGCUCCAGGCCUUGCUUGAAGACUUUCGCCGGCAGCGGCAAAACCUGCCCGUGGGUGUCACUUUCAGCCGCAUGCGAGCACAGCGGGAUAUGACCAUCCCUCCCUUCAACAAGAUGUGGGCAAGUGACGACAUCAUUUGCCAUCCUUUGAUCCUAGCGCUUUUGGCACGAUAUCUGCGAAACAGCACGAACACGAGUGAGGAGAAGGCAGCUGAAAUGUCAUUUGCGCACUGGCUCGGUUCUGGCGGAGAUAUCGAAGAGUUCACCUCCGGGCGUUUGAGUGCUGGAUAUCCCGAGUUAGAUUUGCUCGUGGUCGUGGACACACCACCAGGGGCACCGGCCCAAACACGGCAUCGUGAUACGAUCCUUCCUGGUCCCUGUGCUUCACUGGGAGUUCACAUACCUCUCACACCCAUGCAGGCCACCCCGCUGAACGGUGCCAUCGGCUUCUUCCCUUCAUCUCAUCUCCUCACAGGUGAUCUGAGUGGCUCCAAGCCUCAGGAGAUGGUGGGCACCUCAGCGCCGGGCUCAGUGAUCCUCUACGACUCCUUCACGGAACACCGGGGCUUGGAGAAUGAGAGCUCUGAUGCUCGGGCAGCUCUUUUCGCUUGGUUCCGCGUACCUGGGGUCUACACCGGGCAUACCGAGGAGAACUUUGGCCCAGAGGGUUUGCAACGUGCCAACGAGUUCCGAGAUUACGUUCGACCACGCCUGUUGGCAGUGGAAUCCGAACAGCGCAGCCUUUGCCCGGGUCUUGGAGCCGAAGAGGCCUGGGGCUUUCGCCGGGGAAGCAAACUAGUGCCCUGGACACGAUCCUGGGGUGAGGAGAACGUUUGCUUCCAAUGCAACCGCACAACCUUACAGGGUGCGAGCGCCUCGCGCCCCGGUUCGGCACGAAACGAGUGGUAUUGCGAGAAAUGCUGGGCUAAAUCCGGUGGCAUGCCAACACCUUGGCCUGGGAAUCUCACUGACCCAUGGGAACAGCCAGAUCGCGUGAGUGAGGAGAGGUUGAAAGAAUUGCAAGGACAAGGCCUCAACAUCACGCCCGGCAAGGGCCGUCACAAACUCACUCUCCUCCGUGAGAGAGGCUACUUCAUUCCGGUUGACCCUCAAAACGACUGGCUGGACAGAGUCAGCAAUGAUCCUCAGCCUUCUGGGUGGAAGGAUGCGAUGAAGAAGGCCCUCGGCGAAGUUCCACGUUUCGAUGGAUUCUGAUCAGGAUCAGCCGGCAUCGGCAGUCAUACCUCAUCAUACCUCGGUAUUUGGCCUCCAGAUGGCAUCGAAGACGCGUUCUUCAUGUCUUUAAUUCCAUGGUAAGCUAGCUGCUGUCCCUGACGGAGAGCCAACUGAUGUCAGAUGCCGCUGAUUGUGAAACCAGCCUCUAUUGCAGCAGCAGUCGUCACCGACUGUACAACUGCAAGUUCGCGCAAGAAGAGAAAGAAAAUAGUUCACUCCGAUUGCUGUCAAACAUGUGUUUUUAAACCGCCAAUUGUCUCACCCA